GGACUCAACGUCCUCGUUGAGGUUUGCCCCACCAUCGUUCAAGAGGGACGCGGAGAGGCUCUGAUACCACUUGUAACACCCCGAACCUUUUCCCGACAAGAUACUGUCCGCUUUGGGCCUCUACACCCGCACGGAUUUCGACUUGGGGUGCAAUUCAGGAUGACUUCCCAUAAGGUCACCCAUCCUUGUUGUGCUCCACACUGAGCACG